GAGAAGGAAAGGCAGUUGGGAGUCCAAACAUUUAACCUAAGGCGUCCGUCAGUCUUCUUGAGCUCGAGUUCGCAGACGUGAGAGGGACGGCCGCCGAUCCACCGAGGCAGAGAAGGUUUCGCCGGAGACUCAGAGAGGGCGGGAGGGAGCCGGCAAAGGCGACCGAAAAGAUGGUGAUGUCGAUGAUGUUGGCCGUUUUCCUGCUCUGCUCGACGUCUCUCGCUCUCGAUCCUGACUUCGUUCGACAGAUUGAGAGCAGGACGGAGCUCGAGUGGCAGGCCCUGUGGAGCGAGGAGAGGCUGGCGCUGUGCCGGGCCAAGCUGAGGCAGAACCUGGACGCCAUCUGCGGGAAGGACGUGUUCCGGAGGUCGUCGGUCGAGAGGCGUCGUCGGCGCGAUAAGCGAGACGAGGGUCGAGACGGAAGCAAACCACUUCCGGCAGAGUCUGAUGAGGUGCCUCGUGCCAACCCUUCCACACCUGACACCGGACAGGCUCCCGACAAGCGGAGGUCGCCUUUCCUGAGCGUGCAGCAGGCCAACCUGUUCGUGACAACGUGGGUGCACGACCAAGGGGGGCGGCGCAGGGCAGGUCCACUACAGGCGCCGUCGCCAGUCGCCCUCCAUCACCACCGAGUGCUGCACGGUCGCCGGCUGCACCUGGGAAGAUCAUUCAAAGAAUUCUUCCUGAACUGCAAGAGAAGGGAAAAAAAGCGAGAUGUCUCUUCAGAAGGUGAACACUUGUUUCAAGAACUUCGAUCACUAGGAAAAAGAAGUUCACCGAGGCCAAAAUAG